AUGGAGUCCGUAUCUAUGUCAAAGGACGUACUAAUCGUUGGCUCUGACGGAGUAGAAGUUAUAGUUCCAAAGCAGCUUGUGGCAUGCUCCUUAGUUUUGCGGCGACAAUCCAUUUUGGGACCCAUUACAAUGUCAUACACUGGAAAAGAGCUGUCCAGUGCAAUAGCUACUUACAUGGAAUGUUUCUUGGCAGGGAAGCACCAGCAAAUGGACCCUAGGGAGGCUGAAAUAUUAGAGGAAAUGGGCCUGGGAGACGCGUCUACAGAGCAGCAACAGCAACAACACACCUGCCAAGCCACAGAUCGGGAACCCAGCACUGGACAGAGAUAUUCACUUGGAGGUUGUCCCUAUCACCACCAGACCCAGGAGAUUACGUCAUAUAAUGUUAACGAUGCUAACGACAUGGCGGAUGUAACCAAUUUACCGACGAUCACACUGGAAGAAUUUCUGGCCAAUGAUGGGUCCGAUGGCCGCAGACUUUGGAUCUUGAUAGACACAAUAGUAUUUGACGUGACAGAGUACCUUAAUAAGCACCCUGGCGGAAGGGUUCCAUUGCUAAAUGGAGCCGGGAAGGACUCGACGCUGCAGUUCUAUCAGCAUCAUGGCCGCAAGGGCAACACUAGACCGUUAUUUAACCGCCUCAGAUGCUUGGCAACGGGCCGUAUGGACUCGUCCGACCUUCAGCGUGUGCCUGGAUAUCAAAAGAUGAAUGUAGAGGAGUGUGGUAAUUCCUCCCUUAGAAAGCAGUUCCUUCAGUAUUUUCAUGUUGUAGAAUGA